AAAUUAACAUUUAAAUGAAAUUAUGUAAUAUCUUUUAUCAGAAAAAUCGUCUUUCACGGCAUUGAAUUUUCAAUCUUUGUUUUAAUGCAUUUGUAACGUAUUAUAAUGCCUUACGCGUUACAAAAAUAUUCGAGCGGCGUGCUCAAACCGACAAUUUGAGGAUCGCAAUAUCCGGUUGAAAAUCGUUAAUGCUUGUUUAACACACAUUAAAAGAGAGCCCAUCCGUUUACGCUUUCGGUUUGUAUAUAAUAGCGCUCUCUCGGCAUUUUAACGGAACGGUAACGCGCAUAUUAUGAGAUCGGCACGGAAAUAUCUUGCACCUGAGAUAUAUACCCGCAUCUAACGGAGGCGUUCAUCCGUUUUACAGAGAGAAAUGGACAGGGACCAUAGAGAACAACGCAAUCAUGACAAUCUGAAUGAGGAGUUGGAUUGCAAAGUUGGAAUGGAUUUCCGCAAUCUCUCUCAUCAGCACGAUCGUAUGUCGGACAUCGAUACUGAGAGAGACAUGGACAUUGAUCCGGCUGAUCGCAUUGACUUGCACGACGACAAGCCCGAGAAAUUAGGGAGAAAUUUUCAUAAUAUAGGGCAUCACCCAGCUAUGAGGGAUGUAGAUAGGGAUCAAAAUAAUCACAUUGACAAUAUACACGAUGAUAAAAUGGACCACAAGAUAGGAAGAGAUUUCCGCAAUCUGGGUCAUCAUCCUGGAAUGGUUCAUUUGCAUCCCGGCAUGGAGCAUUUGAGUAACGAUGUACGUAUCGAUGUCGAGGUGAAGUUAGCGAGAGAUGUUCGUGGCUCGUUAGGUUUAGGACUAUCCUUAGAACUCUGUGUAGUUUGUGGAGAUAGAGCUAGCGGCAGGCACUACGGAGCGAUUAGUUGCGAGGGUUGCAAGGGCUUUUUUAAACGCAGCAUCCGCAAGCAACUGGGCUAUCAGUGCAGGGGAAGCAAGAGUUGUGAAGUUACCAAACACCAUAGAAAUCGUUGUCAAUACUGUAGGCUUCAGAAAUGUUUGGCUAUGGGCAUGAGAAGUGACUCUGUCCAACAUGAGAGAAAACCCGUAUUAGGUGAAUCGGCCGCGACAAAAGUAGGUAACCGUAGCACCAGAGUAAAACCGGAACCGCAACAACCCACGCCCGAGCUACCCCCAGCUUGGGAACAACCCGAGAGUCCUAGCAUGGAAGAUCAAAGUAGCGAUAGCGAUCUCAGUGAUGCUUUAACCUUAGCACGCGAGCGUUUACUCAUCUCCCAUGCAUUGGACAGUAUGGCUAAACUCAUUGGUGAUACCGUUAAUGGUUCGAGCGAACCAGAAGAAGAAUGGACUGGUCAAUUAAUUUCUGAACGGAAUACAUUGUUCGAAUUGAGAGCGCCCAGCCCGGCACCCGUAUAUUUAUCUAUUCAUUACAUAUGCGAAAGCGCGGCUAGGUUACUAUUUUUGUCUGUACAUUGGGCGCGAGGAAUUCCAGCAUUUCAAGCUUUGCCAUCUGAAAUUCAAACCACUUUAGUGCGAAGUUCCUGGGGACAAUUAUUUACACUAGGUCUAGCACAAUGCGCAUACACACUGUCUCUUCCUAGUAUUUUAACGUCGAUAAUCAAUCACUUGCAAGCUAGUAUCGCACAAGAGAAGGUCACAGCUGGCAAAGUAAAGUGUGUUACGGAACAUAUAUGUAGAUUACAGGAUUGUGUAAGUUCACUGCACAAGUUGCAAGUGGAUUCCGUUGAAUACGCUUAUCUUAAGGCUUUAACACUUUUUAGCGCUGAUAAUAUUCUAGCAGGUAGCUGGCGUAAAAAGGUUGAAGUUCUGCAAGAAGCAGCGUGGACGGAAUUACAACAACGCGCGGGCUCAGAUAGAUUACCUCGUCUUCUCUUGAGGCUAGCGCCUCUCCGCUCGAUUAAUCCUAGAGUUCUGGAAGAUCUUUUCUUCGCAGGCCUCAUCGGUCGAGUAAGUGUAGCUAGCGUCGUGCCUUACAUCCUUACCAUGCAAGAUUAUAAAGCCGAGUCGGAAAGUCAUGCGGGGUGACGAAUACUGUCAGUGCAAUGUAAGUCGUGACCUAAGAUAGUGAUGUAUACAUAAAUGUUGGAUGCCUUGAACAUUUUCAUACAACGAGAUGAAAGUGCAAGAGACAUGUGAGGAGUUAAAAUCAUUUUUUCUCCUUUUUUUAAAUGUCUCUGCACAAAGAUAUAAGAAUAUGAUUAUUAAACGCGCGCAUAAGUUCAAAUUGAUUAACGAUAUAUGUGGAUUAUUAUAGUAUAACAACUAUACAUAUAUA